AUGAUUGACGCUGAGGGAUAUACAGUGAGACCAGUCCAAGCACAGAAAGAUGACGAGCGCUUCUACUCGAGUUCCGAUUCCGAGUCAGAGUCGGAAGAUGAAAAGGAGAAGAAGAUUUUCGUAAAGAUAAACCCACUGAAGAAUGGUGCCCAGAUCUCUGCAAGUGUUGACCAGUUGAUUGCCAGUGCGGGCGCCCUAACACUGGCACCUCCUAGUAACACUUUGAGUCGGCGUGCUAAUUUGUCUGCAAACCCAUCCCCCAUUCUCAAUGACGGAGCCAUCAAGCGUUCAGUGUCGGCAAGUCAGAGUGCUUUCGGCAAGCCAAACGAGAACGAUCUGUUUGACAUAUUCCACUCACAACCACCACCGAGCAAUGGACCAGUGCCCAGGCCUGGCGUUGGCGGUAACAGCACUACGGGCGCCUCCUCAUUUGCCAGCUCCUAUGACCCCCUUUCACACCUGAGGCGAAAAGACUCUUCAGCAGCAACUGAGUUGGCAGGAAAAGGCCUCCAGUCUGCCAGUCAACAACCUCAGUUAGGCACCGCUGUGCCUGCUGUCGCUGACCGAUACGCAGCCUUCAGUGAUCUGCUCCUCAGCCCUUCCUCAGCAUCGACCACUUCCAACACGACAUCAAUCACCACCGCCACCACCAUAGUUGAGCAAGUUGCUGAUGAAUCCAAACCGCCGCCAUUGCCUCUGACUAGUGAACCGACAAACAUCCUCCCACUUCCGCCCAAGUCAAUAAACCAUGACUCUGCAUUCACCAACUCAUUCAACAAUCUGUCCAGUUCAUCCCUAGCCAAAAGUCUCUCAUCUACCUCUAUCAUGGGAACGACGCCCUUUUCAGUGUACAAGCCUUCACUAUCAAAAUCAUUCGCCUCCAGUACCUCAUCCAAUGGAAUGAUGUCUCGCGCGGAGAGCAUCAGCUCGCUCUCCAGUGACUUUCACAUGACGCCAAUCUCGUUGUCCUCUCGUGAUCCAUCGCCCCUCACCAUUGGCAUGUCAGACACUCUGCCCAUUGCCAUUGCCUUUCAGGAGUCAAUUGGCGCCUGCUUCAAGGGGACGGAUGAGAAUCUGUGUAAGAUUAACGUUAUUGGUUGCAUCAAAAUAGCUUUCUCAUCGGGCAUCAUUCAGUUAUCUUUUCGGCUCAAGAACACAAACCGCCUUGACAGGAUCAUCUUAUCUAAAGAGCUGGUUACGCAAAUCGACACAAAUGAGGACUAUGUGACAUAUGAAAUGAACAUGGCCAACUUGAAGGCUUCACUGCGACGUCUGUCUGAACAGUCACCUAAUGCUCGGUACUACAACUUGGACAUGGUUAAAUAUCAACUAAAAACAGAGCCUGGGGCAAAGAAUGCGCCACUGCAGAUGGUCAGCUACUGGAAGUGUGAGGAAACGACGACCAAUCUGAAGAUUGACUUCAAAUUCAAUGCCUCAGCGUUCCCGCACUGCAAUGUACAGUCACUGAAGAAUGUGCAGUUCACUGCUAAUGUGGACGGGAAUGUUUCCUCAAUGACCUCACAGCCGGAGGGAAAAUG